GGAAAAAAAAUUCCCCAGGAAGUUUGUGAUGGGGAAAUUCCAAAAUUUGAUGGAGCAGGUUACGACAAAGACUUGGUUGAAGCUCUUGAAAGGGACGUUGUACCAAGGAAUCCAAGCAUUAGUUGGGAUGACAUAGCGGAUUUGGAAGAAGCCAAGAAAUUAUUAAGAGAAGCUGUCGUUCUUCCCAUGUGGAUGCCUGAUUUUUUCAAAGGAAUCAGAAGACCUUGGAAGGGUGUGCUGAUGGUUGGUCCUCCUGGCACUGGCAAAACAAUGCUAGCGAAAGCUGUUGCCACAGAAUGUGGAACAACAUUCUUCAAUGUGUCUUCCUCUACCCUGACGUCUAAAUACAGGGGCGAGUCUGAGAAGCUGGUCCGCCUCUUGUUUGAAAUGGCGAGGUUUUACGCUCCAACAACAAUCUUCAUUGAUGAGAUAGAUUCCAUCUGCAGCCGCAGAGGCACGUCUGACGAACACGAGGCGAGUCGAAGAGUCAAGUCAGAGCUGCUUGUGCAAAUGGAUGGGGUAGGUGGUGCUCUGGAAAAUGAUAACCCUUCCAAGAUGGUUAUGGUAUUAGCAGCUACAAAUUUUCCCUGGGAUAUCGAUGAAGCUCUCCGACGGAGACUGGAGAAGAGGAUUUAUAUACCUUUGCCCACAGCAAAAGGCAGAGCAGAACUACUUAAGAUUAAUCUUCGGGAAGUAGAACUGGAUCCUGAUAUCAGCCUUGAAGAAAUUGCUGAGAAGAUUGAAGGCUACUCUGGUGCUGACAUCACUAAUGUUUGCAGGGAUGCCUCUUUAAUGGCAAUGAGACGGCGUAUUAACGGCUUAACUCCAGAAGAGAUUCGUGCACUUUCUAAAGAAGAGCUUCAGAUGCCGGUUACCAAGGGGGACUUUGAGCUGGCUCUGAAGAAAAUCUCCAAAUCUGUUUCUGCUGCAGACCUGGAGAAGUAUGAAAAAUGGAUUGCGGAGUUUGGAUCUGCUUAAUCUCAAUGACAGCUCUCCUUGGCUAGAGUUUUAUGGUUUUUGUUGUUUUCACUUGCAAAAUGAGUUAGAAAUAUUUUUAAAGGUUUAAUAAAAGGUCUGUCUCUGCCCCAUCUCACCUCCUUCUGAUGACGAGAUCUUUUAAACUCCAUUUGCCUUUAAAGGGAAUGAACACAAUAAUGAGCUGAUACUGUAAAAUAUAUUUUAUCUCUGAAAUAGUAAAAUAACACAAACAGGAAGGGAAAAAUUACACUUGUGAGGAUAAUAUUUUUUAUUUUUCCAUUGAAGAGCAGUGUUACUUAACAUCCUCAUAGUCAUCUUUCAUGGCUGGAAUCAAUAAAUCAGCUGGGGGAUGUGACU